AUGGCUGUAGCACGUGUCUGUAGAAAGACCCCCGGUGAUUGGGUGAGGCCCGAGGGCCCCACGGGUUAUAAAGGAGGCCCUCGGAAAGCAGCCGGUCACACUGGCACCAUGAAGCUCCUUCUGUUCUUGGGACUGGCAACAGUAGCUCUCUGUGAGCUGAAGAAGUUUGAGGGGGACAAAGUUUUGCGUCUGAAACCUGUGGUUGCUAUGCAUGUGUCAUUUAUUGAGGAGCUGGCUAACAGCAUGGAGGUAGAUUUCUGGAGCCCUGACAGUGCUGACAUGGUCACCGUUGGCAUGGACGUUGACAUUCAUAUUCCUGCCUCCCACGCUGACAUGGCCUUCAUCAUGCUACAACAGAGCGACAUGAAGUACAAGGUGCUGAUUGACGACGUGCAGGUGGCGGUGGACACCCAGCUGGACAGUGGGAUGAAGACCAGGUCCCACUCCCUCACAAAGUACAACAACUGGGACACGGUGCAGGGAUGGAUCAGCUCCAUGACCUCAGCCAACCCCACCCUAAUCAGCAGAUUGGUCCUGGGGAGCACCUUCGAGGGCCGUGCCAUGCACCUGCUCAAGAUCGGAAGGCGCACCGGUUCCACCAAGCCUGCUAUCUUCAUGGACUGUGGCAUCCACGCCAGAGAAUGGAUCUCACCCGCGUUCUGCCAAUGGUUCAUCAACAAGGCCGUGUCCACCUAUGGCACUGACUCCCAGAUGACCAGCCUGCUGGACACCAUGGACAUCUUUGUCCUGCCUGUCUUCAACAUAGAUGGCUAUGAGCACACCUGGAAGAUUGACAGGAUGUGGAGGAAGACCCGUUCUCGGAGGAACGGCUCCCCUUGUGUGGGUGCCGACCCCAACAGGAACUUCGACGCUGGCUGGUGCACCUUGGGAGCCUCAAGCAACCCUUGCAGUGAUACGUACUGUGGUGCCUCUGUUGAGUCCGAAAUUGAGGUCAGGAAUGUGGCGGACUUCAUCCGCAAGAACAAGUCCGUCAUUAAGGCUUACCUCACCAUCCACUCCUACUCCCAGCUACUCCUGUUCCCCUAUUCCUACAAAUAUGACCUGGCCGCAGACCACAACGAACUGCUGCAGGUGGCAGAGGGCGCUGCUGAGACACUCCGCAGUCUGUACGGCACGCGCUACACCAGCGGCCCUGGUGCCACAACCAUCUACCCUGCUGCUGGCGGCUCCGAUGACUGGGCCUACGACCUCGGCGUGAAAUACUCGUACACCUUCGAGCUCCGUGACACGGGUCGCUAUGGUUUCCUGCUGCCAGAGUCACAGAUCCAGCCCACGUGUGAGGAGACCAUGCUGGCUGUGAAGUACAUCGCCGCUCAUGUGCUGAAGAACCUGGUCUGAGGCAGGAACCACCCUGGACAACCAACCAGCAGCUCAGAAACCAAACCUCUCUUCUCUGAUUGUAACUUAUGUGGACAAGUGCGAGGGGGACGAUAAUAAACCCCUAUUUCCUGCUUUCCGGGUGCUUUUUUUUAAAAUUUGAUUGAAACAUAUUUAGCUGUUUUUUAUUUGCACUGGUACUAUGCAAGUGCUCUGAUGUACAAUGUCUUAAAAUUAGGAGAAUAUUAAACAAAGGGUCAUAGAACACACACGCACGCACGCACACGCACACACACACACACACAAGUUACAGUUACAGAUACCUUUCACAAUUUCAAAAUAAGAGAAAUAUUUCAUAUGUAACUCCUGCCAUCCAAAGAUAUGUUAUAAAUUUGCUUUUUUUAAAGUACUGGAGCGUCAGCAGUGUGGGUAUCUUCUAGUAUACAUAGAAUAGCAGAAAGACCAGUCAAGUGAUUUCAGGAUUUACUACAUCGACCAGAGGAAAGCAGAACACAGAUCACAAACUGACAGAGAUCUUCUAAGAUUUACAAGCAAUGUACUCAACAUGAGUCAUAAAUGCAUCCUAGUCAAAAACUACAAAUUAAGAUCAUUUCAGUGUUGUUUCUGUAUCAUAAACUAUCUGAGCCUGCAUGAGAUAAAACUUUCACAGCUUCCCUUUGUUAAGAGGAGAGAAUGCAAACAGAGACGGCAUUCUAUACACAGAAGCGUUUCCUGGCAAUCUGUUCCUUAAAUAGCCCAACUGCACAAUAACAGCUCACACAUUUAAACCCCAAUCACACAGUUCGUCAGAGCUCUGUGUAAACACUCCAGAUCCUCAGAGCUCUGUGUAAACACUCCAGAUCCUCAGAGCUCUCUGUAAACACUCCAGAUCCUCAGAUCUCUCUGUAAACACUCCAGAUCCUCAGACCUCUCUGUAAACAAGCCAGAUCCUCAGAGAGGAAAUGGCAGUGUUUCUGUAUGUUUGAAUAGGUCUCUCUGGGCUGAAUGAAAGGCUAGAGUGGAUGAGCUAAGAGCUCACUGUGCGUCUGCCUCGUCUUUGGUCCCGUGGUCGCCCCCUAGUGUCCUGGCGCCGGUUCCAGCGAGGAGGGCCCAGAGUAGAGAAGGGACGGAUGAAGGGGUCCGGCACCCUUCAGCAUGGACCAGCUGCGCACUACGUGCCAGCCGGGCCGUACACGCUCCAUGACUGCUCUUUUAUGCGGCCGAGCACGCAAGCCACCACCAAACGCCUUCGGAACGUCGCACAGUAGUACAGAAUACUAAUGAACAGGGAAGCUGAGGGUGUGCACUUCUGUUAAGAACAGCAUUUAGACACAAUCACACUGCUGUAAACAUCAAUGAUGUGCAUAACUGUUAUUACUUAUUAAUAAGAAAAACUACCAGACAGCUAUUUGGAGUAACAUGUUAUGCUCCAUAUCACUAGCAACAUAAUACAGACAUGAAAUAGUUAAUAAUAAAUCUAGUUAAGUCAAGGUGUCUCAGUUGGCUUGACCAUGGAAAAUACAAUCCACUGUUAUUCAAUGUGAUUCAGCAGACACACAGUUCUAGUACUCUAGAUGGCCACUAGAUGGUGUACAUGUACAACUGCACCUGAAGCAGUUUGGCUAGUCCUGGUGUGUUCGUCUGCCUGCUUAUAACCGCGUAACGCGUUAUGCACGCGUCUGUUAUACCAAUAACGUGCAGACAACGCCGACGAAGAUGAAGUUUAUAUGAGCAGCGGCACACAAGACUGAGACUAAGCCUGAAAAAAAAGAGACCUAAACCUUUAAGCGACGGUGACAACGCAGUGCUUUAUAUGGAGGUGACAACGCAAGCAUUACGCUCAG